AUGCCGUUAUCCCGGCAAACACGCCUGAGUGCCGUUAUCGGCAUCUCUUGUAUUUUCUUCAUUGCAGAGAUCUCUGUUGGCUUCUACACGCACUCUCUUGCGCUGGUUGCAGAUGCGUUUCACUAUUUAAAUGACCUCCUAGGUUUCGUCGUUGCGCUUGCCGCUUUGAAGGUAUCAGCACGCGAACAUUCGCCUCAAGCUCUUUCAUUUGGCUGGCAAAGAGCCCAACUCCUCGGAGCUUUCUUCAACGGUGUUUUCCUUGUCGCGCUUGGCCUUAGCAUCUUCUUGCAGGCCAUAGAGCGGUUUGUUUCAAUUCAAAGAGUCGAAAACCCGAUGCUGGUCCUUAUUAUAGGGUGCGUUGGGCUGGGCCUUAAUAUCGUGUCCGCAACCUUCCUCCACGAACACGAUCAUGGGGAUCAUAGCCCACAUGCUAUCCCGGCAAGCGAUGAUAGUGAUGAAACUACGGAACAAUCUCAAAUUGACAACCUCGCCCAUCCCCACUACAAUCAUCGCCACAACUCCAACCCCUCCAAAGUUAAAGGCCAUGGCCAUGAUCUUGGGAUGCUCAGCGUACUCACACACGUCAUCGGUGAUGCCAUCAACAACAUUGGAGUCAUCAUCGCCGCAGCAGUGAUAUGGCAAGCCAAAUACGAAGGCAGAUUCUACGCGGAUCCUGCAGUUAGUGUUGGCAUCGCGAUUAUGAUAAUGCUUACUGCAAUUCCUAUCAUCAAGAGAACGGGCUCUAUUCUCUUACAGUCUGCGCCCCUUGGCGUUUCUCUUGAUGAUGUGAAGCAUGACCUCGAGCAAGUCAAAGGUGUAGCGUCAGUCCACGAACUCCACGCCUGGCGCCUCUCACAAAACAAAGCCAUCGCCACCGCUCACAUCGUAACAUCCGACGAUUCCCUCGCCAAUUUCGUCGCGCAAGCAAAGAUGAUAAAUGAGUGUCUGCACGCCUAUGGCAUCCAUUCGACAACCUUACAGCCUGAGCUGAAUCCGGGUCCUCCUACCACAGCGGACUUGCCGCCCACGAGUAGUGAUGGCGAGAAUGGGACAAAUACGGGACUUGGCAAUAAGGCUACUGGAAGUGAUACCGUACAAGAUAUAGGAGGACAAGCACGCAGUAAUUUGCGCCAGCGUGUCCCCAAGGCUCUGAGCAGUUGCCGGAUCACUUGCGGAGAUUUUUGUGAGCCUUUGCAAUGCUGCAAAUGA